GUAAAAACAACAACAGCUUGCUCUCGUUCCCAGCGAAAAUCCAGCAGACGGCAAAAAUUCGUGACCGGAAGAAAUAAAUUUGCGACCAAAUGACCUCCUCGAGUACGGGCAGCCAGUACGUGUAUUGCAAUGGACGCACGGGUGGAGGUUCUUCUUCUACUUCUUCGUCCGUUGGCCCUAAGUAUCCUCAGGCUUCGACGGCAUCUUCUUUGACUUCGACAGGCGGCGCUGCCAGAAUGAAGGUGGCAACGAAUCGUAACAUGAACUGGUUGAUCCACGGGCUCUUCACCAGGAAGGAUUACAUCCUCUGCAAGAAACUCAUCGACCGGCAGCUGACGAUAAAUUAUGACAAAGAAUACCUGUACUACGUCAAGGGUCUUAUUCUGCGAAAUGAAGAUUCUCCAGCGGAAGCCAUCAACUGUUUCCAGCAAGCGAUAAUCGUGAACAGAAAGAACUCCGAGAACUACAAGGAGCUUGCGAAAACAUUAUUCUCGAUGGGUCGCUUCAAACAAUCGCUGGAAGUGUUCCUGAAGGCGGAAACGCUUCUGGAAAGGCCGGAUCACGAGGUGUACCACUACAUCGGGGAGCUGUUCUACCGGAACUUUGGCCAACCGAAGGCGGGGCUGCCGGAAGCCAAGGAAUACCUCAAACAGUCUAUCAUGUGUGGCAAACACGUCGAUAGCUACAAGAUACUGGCCGAGAUCUACAUCGAGGAGGGCGAUAAUGUGAAGGCAAUUGAGAUGAUUGAAUGUUGCCUGCAGGUUACUCAGGAUGACGUUGCCUUGAUGACCCAAAUCGGCAUUCUGUAUUUGAAAAUCAACGAAUAUCAGCGAGCCUUCGAAAAACUGCUGGACGCCAUCGCCGUCGAUGAUAAAUGCACAAACGCAUUGAUGGCUCUGGGUUCAAUUUUGCAGUCAAAGAACGACAUCGACGGAGCGCUCAACAAGUACAAACGGAUCUCUAAUCUGCCGGACGAGGGAUCCGAAGCUUGGAGCAACAUAGGGCUUUGCUUUUUCAAGAAGCAAAAAUACAUCGCGGCGAUUUCCUGCCUGAAAAAAGCGAUUUGGGUAGCGCCAUUGAAUUUUAAUGCGCUAUACAAUUUGGGUCUGAUCCUGGUGACAGCUCAGCAGUACGUUAGCGCGUUCCAAACAUUGGCCGCGGCCAUAAGUCUUAGACCGGAUAAUGCGGAUUGCUACAUGCUUCUGGGAACGUGUUUGCGACACCUGAACGACCCGGGCAACGCUUACCUGUCGCUGGAGAAAUCGACCAUGCUACCCGAUGCAAUCAAGAACCCGCUAAUCUAUCUCAACUUUGCUCUGUACUGCUACGAAAUCGCCAAACCGGAACAGUCCGUUUCCUACUUGGCCAACUUUCUGGAGAUGGCGCAACACACCAACGUCCACCGGGAGUAUCUGAAGAUGGCAGAUCGUCUGAACGGGGCCCUGUCAUCGGCCGCCACAGGAUUGUCACCCACUCAGCCACGACGGUUGAUGCCAUCGGCGCCGGAAGUAGCAGCGUCGUCUUCGUCGACGUCGUCUGCCACACCGGCACCGGCUGCCAAGGAUGCUGGCAAUGCUGGAAAACUGACAAACGAGGGCGUCUCCGAAGGCAGCACUCCCGGGGACGACGACGAUAGCGAUGACAUCGAUGGCCAGGUUCCUGAAGGCGGAAAAAAUUAGACGGGUAAACAGAGCAGAAUGAUGGCAGCCUGCCCCUGAAUGGACCGACCAAACUUUUACAUU